AAAGCUCUUCGUUUAAUUGCUGCAUUGUGUCAUUUUGGGGUGAUUUAAAAUGAUAUAUGAUAUUGUAAUACCAUUGUGUGCGAGUACAUUUUUUAGUUAUAUGCACUUACAGUGUCACGUGUCAUUUCAUUUGUUGAUUUGAUUUGAUAAUAUAAGAAACCUUUGCAGGUGUCGCUUUUUGGCCAGUACACCUAUCAUUAAAGCCAAACAGUGAACAGAAACCGCGUAUUAAAAAAGCUAUCAUACCAGACUGAAAUCUAAACAAUUUCGAACAUGGCUUCAAGGUAAUUCAUUUUUUAUUUUUUUUAAAAACAUUUACAUUUCAAUCAUUUAAUUAUUGAUAGUUUGGCAUUGGUUCGUUGCCACGAGGCUCUUUCAGUAGUUAUGAAAGGGAUAGGGUAGAUGAAAUGAUGAGAUUCUUGUAACUUUUGCAUGACCCUUUCUUGACAAAGACAGUCCCCAUCAAUUGUCCCCAGGCUUUAUCCCCCCUCUUUUUGAGCCCGGGAGACGUUUUGUAUCUUUUGUUUGUUUAUCUGUCAGACUCACUGGCUUUAGUUUGAUUUAGUAUUGUAGAAGUUGAAGCAUGUUAACCAUAGUAUUGCACAAAACCAUCUAAAUGUCCGUAUAUACACAGACAUUGUAUUUAUUCCAUUCAGAUGAUUUCCCAUUGACGGUUAGAUGAUCAUGAUUGAUAUUCAGAUAUUGACAUUAACUAUUUAAAAUGUUACAUAUAACAUCUUAUUUUUCAAUAUGGGGCUCACAUUGUCAAUCCUUCAUUGAAAUUGGUUAAAUAUUUGGUUUUAUUCAACAUAAUUUAGAUGUUUUGAAGUUAGUGGAAAUUGCUGCUAUUGGUGUGUAUAUGUAGACCCUACCCGUUAAUGAAAUAGCUUUACCUCCAUUGGCCCUAUCUGGUCACAUGGUUCUCUAACUUUAUUCAGUUGACAGCAAAUAGGAGGGCUUUAUGGUGGUGGAAAAAAGACAACUCGAGAAAACAUUGUAAUUUCUACCUUCAUAAAUUAAUGGCCAUGAGUUCGUAUAUGCUGAACUCUAAGUAUGUGGACCCACAAUUUCCCCCUUGUGAGGAAUAUUCGCAAAAUAGCUAUCUACAUGAGCAGGGAAGAGGCUACUACGGUCCUUCGCAGGACCCAGAUUUGCAGCAUCCAGGAAUCUAUCCACGGUCAAACUACCCCGAGCAGCCCUUCAGCUGUACCACUGUGCAUGGUCCUACAGUAGAGCCACGGGGUCAUGUGCAGGGGCGAGACAGCCACCCUGGCACGUUUACCGCACAGACCGAACCGUGUACCCCGGUCCAAGUGACUGGACCCCGGACGUGUGGUCAGCAACAAAACACAAAGAAUCAAAACGGGAUACAAGCCAAGCAGCCUGCAGUAGUUUACCCCUGGAUGAAGAAAGUCCACGUAACUACGGUAAACCCGGAUUACACAGGACCUGAACCCAAACGGUCUCGGACAGCUUAUACAAGACAGCAGGUUUUGGAACUGGAAAAAGAAUUUCAUUUUAACAGGUAUCUGACCAGGCGGCGUCGCAUAGAGAUUGCCCAUAUACUCGUUCUCUCCGAGCGUCAGAUCAAAAUCUGGUUUCAAAACAGAAGAAUGAAAUGGAAAAAAGACCACAAACUACCGAACACAAAGGGAAGAGCUGCUUCUACUUCCGGCCAACAGUUACCAAGUAUCCAGAAGGAUAACCAGACUGAUGUCACAACUUUCUAAGAUGGGAAAACUUUGACCGUUCAAUUAAUUGUAUAUAACAUCCGAUAUUAUACAAUUGACAUUGCAUGGUCUCAAAACAUGACAUUUUGGUCAUUGUGAUGUAACGUACAAUAGUUAUAAAAUGUCAGUUACAAUCAGAAGGACCCUCGUUGUGUUGGCUCAUUGAACUGAGUCAAUUUCCAACGUUGUAACUGAACUGAGAAGCGUUUCAUCACUACAUGCUUAACAUGCUUCGAGGAGGUAUUGCAGAUCGAAAUACAUUUUAUUAGAGAUGUUUUCUGAUUAUACUCUUCUCGCUGAUUCUAUAAUGUCACUCUUCUUCCCACGUGCACCACAAAAGUCAGAGUAAGGCAUGAACAUGUAUAUAUUUAUUUAAAAAAAUAAAAAAUACGUAAAAUGAUGUGAAGCUUUUGUACACACUUUAAUUAGAAAUUGUGUUGUGAUGAAAUCGAACUAUUAAGAUAAAUAAUAUUUGAUUCAUAUGAUUGCUAAAAAAAAGAAAAGGUAAUUGCUGCAUCAGUUGAUCUAUACAUUAUUUUCAGACAAGUGACAAUAUUUGUUACUUUAAUAUAGGCUAGCUUAAAGAAACUAUUGAACUCGUAUUUAUGGGCGCUAACCGGUUGAAUUAUUUUGUUUAAUUAACGUUUUAAAAAAAAAACUUUUAUACAAUAAAGCUUUUAAAAUGGCGUUAAAUUCUAUUGAGAAACAAGACAUUCCAGUGUGCAUACUCUUCCCAGGGCCCGUAUUCAGUUAUAAAUCUCUCUGGACAUCUUUGUAAACAGUGUACAUUUAAAGCGGGUCUCACACAUCUGAAACUCUAUCAUGACUUUGUCUUGUUCUUUGCAUCGAAUGUAUAUUUAUUUAGAUGCUUCACUAUUUUCUAUUUUGAUCAAAAUCGAACAGAACAUUAUUAAUAGUAUAUAUUCAAUGUUAAGCACGUUGAGGGAUAUAAAUACGUGUAACAACCCUAUGUUUCCCCUAUUCUUAUUCAACAACAAUUUGUAAUAUAGAGUGUUUUACAUUUCUUUAUGAUUAUUUAUUUAAUUAAAUAGUUGUACAUUUCCUUAUUAAAACCCACAACAGUUCGAAACAUAGUUGAGCAACGAACGUUUUAUUGUAUGCAAUCUGUUUACAACUGUUAUGGAUUAUUAGCAAUGAAUGAUCUCACAUUUUCUUAUGCAGUGUUGAAAUGCAGUAUUAAAAUGUUUACUCUGGCAUUGAUUUAAACCAAACCUAGCCACACAGGCAUUCAUGUCAUGUCUCAAGACAGAUAUUCUUAUUGUUCCUAUCAUUGUCCUCGUGACAAAAAGCGAAGACGGCUUGCAUUGCGAAGAGGUCUUCCCUCUGAAGAGUCUUCACGACGAGAAGUUGAAAAGGUAUUUCAACUGAAGUUCGACAAAAGCUCCAGAGGCAGGUUCACCCAGAGGACAGUGUUUCUAUAGCCUUAGACACAUUUCAGCCGCGAGGAGUGACCUCUGAACCCUGAACCCGUUGGACCUAUAGUCUACUUCUCUCACUGGCGCUAUUCGCAUGGAGUUUAAAUACAUUUUGUACUUUAGUAUUAGAUAUGGAACGCUUAUAUAACCUGGUUAAACAUGCCACGUUUUAAAGCCUAUAUUUAUUCUGCCAGAUGUAACUCAAAUGGUACUGGUUGCAUGUCACGCCGUGUUAAUAUGCAAUCCUGGCUGACCUUUUUUGUGUUUCCGCUUUUUUUUGUCUGUAUAUAUACAUGCGAAACUUUUUAAUGGGAAAAUAGAUUGUUCCAUGAUAUGCAUUGUGGUGGCACAGAGCACUCACACUUGUCAAUAUAUUUCUGUAUCAAGUAUUCCGAGGUUCAUGCUUUACAAAAAUGCCUGUCAUUGCCAUCAAUGCUUGAUUUACACAAAGGUUGACACAUCUCACAGAUUGAGAUAUUUAUUUUUACCCUUAUUGUGCUUGUUUGAGAGAAGAAGAAAAUAAUAUGGCAUUGUUGGAUGACAAUGUGACUAAGUUCAGUUUUAUAGCAAGAAUCAUCAAAUGUCCCCUUAACCACACCAAUGUUAGUCAGUGCCAUAGAUUUCGGGAAUUUGAAUGUGGUCCUAUCCAAACCAGUCAAGGAACCGUUAGCAAAAUCGUAGGCUCAGUGUGAUUAUAUUUGUGACCAUGCUUGGAUUAAAACCUGUAUAACUUGAA